AGGCCUCUGACACGCGACAGGAUCACGCGUGGAUCAUUGCCGUUGCUGCCUCGAGGAUGAGAUCAAGCAAAAAAAUUCUGCUGAUUAAAUGCCUAUUGGAUGGUGUGCGUCACGUGAGACAGGGGCAAGGAUAAAUAGAGGGGUCCAUGACGUUAGUAUGCUGUGAUUGGUGGUCUGGCUCCGUUCCCUGUCUCCGCCGAUACAGGCGAGCCGCAGCCCCGGAGCAUUUCUCCGCCUCUUUUAUCGCGUCGCCCGCUCGACCCGCACCUAUAAAUACCCGCCUCUCCUCCCUCUCCCUCUUCCCUCUUCCCUCCUCCCUCCUCGGAUCCUUUGGUUCUCCUUCUCUGGUUCGAAGUUUCCCGUUCUCUUCUUUUCCUCUUCCACCCUAGAAAAUCCAUGUCGACGGAGAAGGUGAGGGAGAGCCAUGUCUAUAUGGCCAAGCUCGCCGAGCAAGCCGAGCGCUACGAAGAAAUGGCUGAAAGCAUGAAGAAAGUUGCGAAGCUUGAUGUGGAGCUGACAGCCGAAGAAAGAAACCUCCUCUCGGUGGGCUACAAAAAUGUGAUCGGGGCUCGCCGGGCGUCCUGGCGCAUCAUGUCGUCCAUCGAGCAGAAGGAAGAGUCAAAGGGAAACGAGCAGAAUGUUAAGCUGAUCAAGGACUAUCGGCAGAAGAUAGAGGAAGAACUCACCCAGAUGUGUGAUGACAUCUUGGCCAUCAUCGAUCAGCAUCUCAUCCCGUUCUCCAGCAGCGUCGAAUCUAAAGUAUUUUAUGCCAAAAUGAAGGGUGAUUAUUACCGCUACAUUGCAGAGUUCAAGACCGAAGAAGAAAGGAAAGAAGCAGCCGACCAGUCUUUGAAGGGCUAUCAGGAUGCCUCUGAAAAAGCCAACACUGAGCUGCCUCCAACCCAUCCAAUUCGACUCGGUCUUGCUCUCAACUUUUCAGUUUUCUACUACGAAAUCCUGAAUUCUCCUGAGAGGGCAUGUCAAUUGGCAAAACAAGCUUUCGAUGAAGCAAUUGCAGAAUUAGACACCCUUAGCGAGGAGUCAUACAAGGAUAGCACCUUGAUCAUGCAAUUGCUGAGGGACAACCUUACUCUUUGGACUUCUGAGUUACCUGAGGACGGAGGUGAUGGUGCAGUCAAGAAUGAAGCGGGCGUAGCAGCUGCUGCUAAGCCUGAGGUACAAGAUGCUCAAUCCUAAUGUUUUGUGGCUAUCCAUUUCCAUGGCAUUAUCUAUCCAUUUAGAGACACAGAAGAAUCAAUUAUUGUUAACCUACCAUCCAUCCAUCCAUCCAUCCAUCCAUCCAUCCAUCCUCUUCUCAGCACUGACGGUGAUUUAUUUCUUUGAUGCUACAUUUAUUUUUAUGCAUGAACGGAGGCAUAAAGUUUGA